UCAAAAUUACACGAAGAUUUAUUUAGAAGAUAUAAAAGUGUUAUUCCACCGGUUUAUAAUCAAUCAAAGGCUGUCACUGUCAAAAUUAAAAUGUUUUUGUUGAUGAUACACGAUUUGGUAAGUAUUAUGAAUAUAAUCAAUGAUAAUGAUAAUAAAUUUCAGUUACAAUGGUACGAUGAGUUGCUGGCGUGGAAUAAAUCUAAAUAUGGUGGAGUUGAGGACAUAACAGUAUCUCAGAGUGAAGUUUGGCUUCCAGAUCUACUCGUAGAAAAUACUGCCUUGAACUUCGCACCAAUAGGAAAUUCGGCAAUGUUAAUAAGUAUAGAUCAUAAUGGAAGGAUUUAUUGGGAACCUGGUAUCAUGACAAAAACGAUUUGUGAAGUGAAUAUUGGAAAAUACCCCUUUGAUUAUCAGUCUUGUGAAAUUAAAUUUCUAACAUGGAUGCAUACAAAUAAAACAUUAGCUAUUUUUCCGGGAGCAGACGAAGUCAGUUUAGAUGCCUGUAUUCCAAAUGGUGAAUGGGAUAUUAUAUCAGCUAAAUCAGGAGCUUAUUCAUACCCUAGUACUUACAGACCAGGUUUUGCCCAUACUGGUGUAACAUUUAAAAUUGAAUUAAUGAGAAAAAGAACAUUUUAUGUAUUAAACACCAUAGUUCCAGUAGUGCUACUUUCGUUUCUUAACGUGCUAGUGUUUCUACUUCCGGCGAGUAGUGGGGAGAAGAUGGCUCUAGCUGUAACUGUGUUACUAUCAUUUACCGUGUACUUAAGUAUUGUUAGUGAAGUAAUGCCUAAAACAUCAGAGAGUAUAUCAAUAUUAGGUGAGAAUAUUAUUUUCUACCUUUGA